GGUCACUGCGUGAGUACGUCUCGCGCUUUGUGUUCCUAAAACCAACCACGCGUUACUCGUUUAGAAAUAACUAACUUCUUAAAAAGCAAUUAAUUUGUUUGGAACACUCGCAAAUCGUUCGGGAAUUUAAAAUAAAUCGCGUAAAAAUUCGUGUUACAUUUUACACACCCCGAACUUCUCAUUCAACAAUCCGAAGUGUUUUCGGGCACGAUGGGCGUCAUUAAAGUGGCUCCGGACACCGCGUCCCUCAUCUCGGCGUGCGACUUGCUCGACGACAUGAAGAGCGAGUCGAGCUACACCUCUUCAGAAGAUGGCUGCGGCGGCGGCGAGCGGCACGCCGUGCUCAGCUACGAGCAAGUGCGGAAACUAAACGACGUCAUGGACGAGGUCGUCCCUAUACACGGGAGGGGAAACUUCCCCACUCUCCACGUGAGGCUGCGCGAGCUGGUGGCCGGAGUGAGGGCCCGGCUGGAAGCCGCCCAGAGCGAGGGCGGCGCGGGCAUCACGGUGAGGGACGUGCGCCUCAACGGAGGCGCGGCGAGCCACGUGCUCGCGGACCGCCCGCAACUCUACUCCGACAUAGACCUGAUCUUCACCGCGGAGCUGCCCACCGCGCGCCACUGCGACCGCGUCAAAGCCGCCGUCCUCGGCCACCUCUCCACACUCAUGCCGGCUACGACGCCGCGCCGUCGCGUCCCUCCAGCCGGUCUCAAAGAAGCCUACGUUUCCAAAAUGGUGCGCGUGAACUCCGACGGAGAUCGCUGGUCGUUGAUCUCCCUCGGCAACUCUCGGGGACACAAAUCCGUCGAGUUGAAGUUCGUGGACACGAUGCGUCGCCAAUUCGAAUUCUCCGUAGACUCAUUCCAAAUCGCUUUGGAUUCGUUGCUCGCGUUCCACGAAUGCGCUCAGCUACCUAUCGGAGAGAACUUCUACCCGACCGUCGUCGGCGAAUCUGUAUAUGGAGACUUCGGAGGAGCUCUCCUCCAUUUGACGGAGAAGUUGAUCGCGACUCGGCAACCCGAAGAGAUCCGAGGAGGCGGUCUCCUCAAAUACUGCGCGCUGCUGGCGAAGGGGUACCGGCCGGCGCGACCGGACAAGAUCAAAAUCCUUGAACGCUACAUGUGCUCGAGAUUCUUCAUAGACUUCCCGGAGCUCGGGCAGCAGCGCGCGAAGCUCGAGGCAUACCUGCGGAACCAUUUCCUGGGCCGGGAGGAAGAGGCGCUAAAGCACAGGUACCUGACGCUGCUGCACGGCGUGGUGCGCGAGUCCACGGUGUGCCUCAUGGGCCACGAGCGGCGGCAGACCCUCGCGCUCAUCGAGGCGCUGGCGUGCCGGGAACUAUGCGCGCGCACGCCGAUGCUGAUGCCCGGGAUGGGCCUGGCCGUGCCCGGCGUGGCGCUGCCGCCGCCCGGCUACUACGUGUGCGUGUGCGCCGCGUGCGCCGCGUGCGCUGCGUGCGCCGCGUGCGCCGCCUGCUGCGACUGCUGCCGGCCCACGCUCUGCCCGGCGUGACAGCUCCCCUACGCGUUCCAACCACGAUGAAUUUAGUGCCAAAUGUAUAUAAUAUAUGUAUAUGUAUGAAGAGAUAUGGAAUAAUUCCACGCUACGUAUACGCGUGCUGUAUAUAAUGUGAGAUUUCGCGCGCUGCGCUAUCGAUUCUGCUCACAGAUCCUACAACUUUUUGUGACAUUUAGUAAUUACUGUCGCUACCAGGGCCUUUGUUCUUUUCGAAGUUGAUAUUGUAUGCAGUGGCGUGCACGGGUUCGAAGCUAGAGUGAGCAUAUUUAUUGGCAGAUUGUAAUGAAAAACAAGCAUUGCUCAUUAAAUAUUUCUGCUAAUGUAACCAGUUAUGUACCUUUAUGACCUGCAUGCCACUGAUCGUAACUAAACGCGAAUUGGAUUUGGUGACGACUGGCACCUCUUAAUACAAACUCUGUCAAGUUUUAUUGUAAUUAAAGAAUAAGGACCCUGUUAUCAAAUAAGACUGUUAUGCUAAUAGCGAUUUAUGCAAUCGUAGUUUUGUAUUAAUAUGACAAGCAGGAAGAGUAGCAACUGGAAUUGCUAAAUGUCAGAAAGCUCAGAAUCAGGGCCCUGAAGCGAACCGGCCAGCGUUCUCGCGAGAGAAUCAGGGUCAAUUCGAUGUUGCUCACUAUACUUGAAUCAAUUCUCGUCAAUUCGUGCAAUGCCGCGUUUGUCUCACUCGCUGAAGAGCGUAUACAGUUCCCCCAUUAGGUCAGUUCACCCCGCCCCUAGCACGAAACUAGGCUGAGAUCUACCCCAAAGGCAAAUCUGUAUAAUUUUAAAGUAAAGUUGAGCAAAGUCAAAGUACGCUCUAUACCUAUUAUGUAUUAGUCUUAGUCACCGCGUUAAAGAAUCUGAAAUACUCUUAUCCGACAGUGGCAGAGUAUUAGCCAUUUGUAAAGGUGCAAACACAUUACUGUGUUGUGUUAUGUCUUGACCCAAGCAAUUUGUUCAACGUUAAAGGGUAUUUUCGCGAAGGCAUUUAGAAUGAAAUGGGUUUAUCCAUAUACAUUGACGGUCAUAGCGCCCCAGCGCACAGACGCUUGAGGCACGUACAUAUUGGUAUAUUAUUGCGACAACUUUCCAACACACUACACCACAGUGAUGUGCUUGCAACCUUAACUGCGAUUGUCUUAUCGUACUGUAGCUGUCAUAGUUCAGUGCUAGGGGUGCACCAGGCACGAAUACGGACCGACACGGGCCGUGCCCGGCACGGACGGUAAUUUCUAGUCGUACUCCUCACGUGUUAACACCUUAAUAUGUUAGCAGUACGAAAAUUAUUUUAAAUCACGUGGCGGUACGCGGAGCAACCAAGUAAGCGUCGACGGUCUGCCUAAAGACUAGUUAGUUAUUUUUAAGCUUCGUAUGUAAAGUAUAUAAACUUAAAUAAAGAUUUAAGGUUAUAAAGAUUGUUCCAUUGUAGUGGCAUAUGUCUCUCUUCUUCGGACCGUGGUGAAGUGUUAGCCUUAGAUUUCUCUUGCGCUGACGUCGGUCGCGCGUACGGUCAGCGCUUUUAGCAUUAUCAGCGUCGGAGCGUGGUGCUUGCACCGACGGACGUCGGUGUAGGAAGAAUUAAGUCCCAAAUAACAAGAAACAAGAAAGAAUCACUAAACACGAGCGUGGACACGAUACACGUACUAAUGCUGUUCGCACAUUACGGAUACAACCGCAAGCGCAACGCGCCGCCAUCUGACGUCACUCCUUGCGGCUGCUCGAAAGAUUGUACUAUUUUACACAUAACUUUGUCAUUAGUAGUUUACAAAGACUUCAAUAGGCUACAAAGUUGCAUUUUUAUCGAAAAUCAAAUUCAUAUAUUGUAUGAUCGAAAUAAGAUGAAGCUGCAAUUUAAAUGAGGUACAUAAAUGCGGACGUUUUGUCAUUUAAAAAAAAUUAAAUUAAAUGUUGGCAUCUGAAGUCUGAACCCUAUGGUGAUACGUAUCUUAGGACUCGCAAUUAAAAUCGAAGCGGGUUUUCACUUUUCAGCACUGAAAAAUGCGUUAGAUUCGGCGCGUGCGCCGUAAUGUGCGACAUCAUAAAAAUAUGUAAUGUAUGAUAAUUGUUGACCAAAUCCGGCCCAGGCGAUGGCCUUUAAAAAGCAAAAAAUUCGUUCUAUAUUUUUUCAAAAUAAAAAUCUUGCAAUCGCAGACAAGAAUGAUUCAAAACGUGGAAUUUACUCUAUAGUGCGCGUAAAACAAGUAGUCCAGUCUGAAGUUGUAACAUGGUAGUUUGCGCAGGUUUAAAUUUUAAAAAAAAUUAAAGACAAGCCGGGCUUAGAUGUGCCCUCCAAUUAUGUAAGAAUUUGCGUAUUCAUCGUUAUCGCAAUCGUUAGCAAAUUCUGCCACAUGACUGGCUGUAAAAAAAUAUAAACAGUGAAUCAACUAAUCAAAGGACAGAAUUUGCUGUCGAUUAUAAUAGCGGGGAGUUGUUUCGUAAAAUGUGUCGGCAUACCUCUGGUGUAUUGGAUUUCCUUUUGCGCGCACUACAUAGGCACGUAUAGGUAUGGACGCAUAGGUACAUUACAAACGCAGAAGUCGAAAUCUAGUAAAAUUGAGUAUGUCGGAUGGUUUUGUGUGGACAAACACACUAUCUAGCGUUACUGUACUCCUUAUAUAUAUAUUAAAAGUACGAACUAGAUCGAGCUUCGAGCGUUGCACUGCUUUCAUUGAAAUCGAAGGGGAUAAUGAGAAACCAUAUUUUACUAUCGUAUUUAUUAGAUCAGGAAAUCGUAUACACGUCAUAGAGUAUAUAACCAUUAGAAGCGAUAGAGCAGUCAUUCUGAAUCUCUUUCUGUCAACAACUCGGCGAUUACGCACUAACUGUCCUCACUUUGAACAAUUUUCUUCAAAUCCGAGGUGAUGUAAAAUUCCCACGUCACGUCAAAAAUAUAUUCAUGAAGUAAAUUAACUUUUUACCUUAUAUUUCUAUCGUUUUGGCUUGGCUACCGUGGUGGUCUAUGACCGGUAAAGGGUUGAAAUGUUGAUGAGAAUGAUGAUGAUGACGGCUGCUCUAUGGUUAUAUACUCAAUCAAUGGUACAGUACUCUACGUGAUUGCUCUAGUAUUGUAUACGGCUUGGUGGAAGUAACAAAGUAAGAUAAUUUUAAAAUAAUUAUAAAAAAAUAAAAAUCAAAAAAAAUAUAACAAGGCGUAUACAAUAUUAAAGGUCACUCAUAUGUUGAUCGCAUAUAGACGAAAGAUCCGCAAGCAACGAAUUUUUCAGUAAGUACAAGAAAUCCGCAAAAAAAUUGAAACGUAAAGACCUCACAGGCGCAGGUCUAAUCUCUGUGGUCUCACCGUCGCGGAUUCGAUUCCUGAAAUUUGGCAAUUUUAAUUCCUAAAUUGUUAUAGGUGCAAAGUUCUACUGGCAAAGCUAUCUAUGCUAUAAAAGCUAAGUCUGUUAAAUUAUCUGAUAGGUCAAUGUUGUAUAGAAGCAAUGUUGCGGAAGUCCAUGAUAUACAAGGAACCAAAGCUUAAUUCGCUAUAAUCAGACAGACAGCAACAGACAAGUCUGUACAAACAACAUGCAGAACGCGGUGUGCACCGCCUGCCCUCCCAAUGCUAAACAUGCAGGAAAAGCCAGCUACCAAGCAAGCGAUACGCACUACCACUGCGCAGCGCCACACAAAUCCCUACACCACUCGACGCACUUUUCGCCCCAAUGCGAUUUGCAAUGCAAUAACUUUUGCAAUUGUGUAUUGCAAAACUUGGGCAAACUCGAAUCAAAUAAAAAAACAUCGGCAUGAUGUAGUCACGGACACCUUGUAGUGAAAAAUGCGUUGUUUGCGGCGCAAAGUGUAAUGUGCGUUCACCAUUAAUAUUAAAAACACCAUAUAUAAUGAGUAUUUUAAGAACAUUUACAAGUUAGAGUCAUAUAAAGUAGUAACAGAGUACUUAGAAGCGUUUUGUUUUUAAUUCUUAAAUACAAUAGUAUUUUGUAAAAAAAUGUGAUUUUAUUGUUGUAGAGUUACUCUAAUGUUGUCGAAGGUUAUAUAACAAUAUUACAUAGUUAAAUUCAAUAGAGAUAUAUCAUAUUGUUGUAUUUUAACUAUACAUAGAUAUAUGAAUGUUUGUCCGGCCAGCAUACGCAUGUGUUAUACAGGAUGAGUUGAAAAUAGACAAAUACUUUGACCGUUGGUAAAUUGGGAGAUUUAUUCUUAAAAUCCAUAUAAAAAAUUAAAUUGACGUAUUAAAACAUUGACACGUAAAAAAGACAUUUAAAAUCACAUGCCUAGAAUGGAAGAAAAAAAAAUUAAACUUUUUCGCGAGAAAAAAAAACCUGCUGUAAGUAUAUGUAUUUGAAAAUACUUAUGGAAUCAUCUACAGUUGUUACAACUAAAGAAAACUACAAUUUUGUCUUUAUUACGUCAUUUCGUUAUCAUUUCAAUAAUAAAAAUUAUACAGUUUAUUUGAUUAGAUAUAAACCUAUAAGAAGAUUUAUUCAUAACUCCCUCUUUUUUAGAUGUACCUACAUAUGAAAUAACUUGAUGGAUUAAAAUCGAAUAAAAAUAACAUGCAAAGAAUGAAAAAAAUUGCUGUUGUUUUCAAAAAUUGAGAGUCAAGAAUUGAGAAAGAAUUCAAGUAAAAAUUUUGAUUUAUAUUUUAAGUUAUCAAAAGGUAGCAAAGAAAUACAUUUUUACUUAAUUAUGUAGUGGGUACAUACUUGAAACAUCUUAAAUGGAUUUCGAAGAAUAAAUCUUUUGCUAAUAAAAGUUAAUGUAGAUGUUAAGAUUCUUGUUUAAAAACUUGCCCUGUAUAUUUCGUCAGUGCGUAUUAAUGGUUAUAUUCUAAAAGUGCAUAGCAAUGUGUGAAACUUAAUUAUUUUCGUGUUAAGCUGUAUUUAUCCGGAGUAAUCAAGUACAAUGCUUGUAGAUUUUGUGGUAGUAAGUCUACUUACUUCUCUAGCGUUGGCGUAAACUAUUUGUAUGCCAAAUUGUACAGCGCACCUAGCGGCUACGCGAAGAACAACAGUCUACUACUUGUCAUACAAAUAGUUUACACGGAUAAUAGCGAGUAGACGUUUUAAAAACUCAUUUUAGUUUGGAACAAAUAACGAUUUAAAUGAACGAAUUUUCAGAUUUGCUCACUUGUCGAACCAAAAUUUAAGAUCUCAUUUUUAUUAGCCUUCGAAUUUUUUGGUCGGGACGUUGAUUUUGAUAAAAGGCAAUCACUUUUUUGGAUCUUUAUUUUUCGAUGUUUUUUGCUACAUUUGGCCUACUAUUAACCAACAAUUUCAUUAAGUAUGGCAUUUAAACAAAAUUCUUUAUCAUGAAGUUAACUACGUUUCGUCCACGCUUUUUUUGAAAACUAUAUGUCUGAUUUAUUGUGAAUUUUAUAAAGCUUCUUAGGUAAAAGAACAAUUAUAACUUAAUCUGAUAUUAAGAUUACAAACUUAGAUACCUACAGUAACGUUUAGGUUUUUAGUAAUGGAUUUUACAAUUGUUAACACGUCGUUUUUAGUUAACUUCUUAAACUAUUUUUCAAAAGUGUGGGUCGAUCACAUAAGAACACUUUAAGUGCCGGCUCAAUCGAUAGGCAAAAUUUGUGAGGUUUGCAGAGGGGGUUAGGAGUUAGGACCACAUCAUAAUAUCCGUUAUACCUUGCAGUUGUAAAUGUUCUAUUUUCGCGGACUGUCCAUCAUCUGCACCGGUCCUAACAUUCUUAAACAUACUUAAGUUCAACUGUACUUAGUAAAUAAAUAAAGUACAUAUAUUCCAUUUUUAUUAAGAGUGAUUAUAAGAGCAAGGUCACAUUAGAGAAUUUCUGUCUUUUCGCUUGCUUAUAAUAAUAAAUAGUAAUAACACGACGGAGUUUACAACAUUAAACCAAGCUUUUAAAAUAUUGAUAAGGAAAAUGAGUAGACGACACAAAUAGGACAACUUGUUCUUUCUACAAUGUGCUGCCUAAGUCAUGGCAGUAAUAUUAUUAUGUGACAAAAGUACAGCAACAUUUUACCACGCGAAGCACAGCGUGUGUGACCUUGCCCUAAGUUCAUUAUCACUAGGAUUACUUGCUGUAUCGAGACAGGCGCCUAAGUUGUAAUUCCGUGGUCUUUUCUACAAAAACUAUAGUUUUUCUAUUAUUGUCUUUUUAUAUAGGCUUAAUUUUACAAGAAAUAUUAUUUAUAUCUUCUACUCUAUAACUAUCAUAAAAAAAUUGAGCUUCAAAAUUUACAUUAUAGUUCAAGACAAAAAAGUUAAUAUUUGGUCUCCAUUCUUAUACGCCGCUCUUUUUAAUUUGUGAAGUAAAAAACAAAAACACUUUAUAGUUAUUGCUUGUGAAAUUAAGUCCAAAAAUCUGUGAUUAUAAAUAGUACAUCAUUUAUUGGCAUUAGCUCUUAAACUACCUCCUUGACAAAGCUUCCGAUAUAUUCGAUAGUGUAUUUUUGCUAUUAGUCUGUGCUUAUAAUCAUAGAAUUGUACUUACGAAGGUUAAACUUAUCAUAUGGAUCAAAAUGGUGGUACUUUUGAAAUUCUAUUUAGCAAGCAAGUUUAAACUGUGCUAGUGCAGGUGUUACAAGUCACUGUCUUAGACCAAUCCUGCUUAAAGAGUAAAUAUACUUAAACAUUGACUAUGUAAAGUUAAAAAAACUAAAUUGACAGGAAUAAAAAUGAUCACAAGCAUCCACAAAAUCAUCAUUUUCCAAUUCUGUCAAUUUAGUUUUAAUAUGGUAAAGCGAUAUCGUUAACAGAGAAAAAUACAUGAUCUAUUUUGUUAUUUCGAUUUACUUAUAUAUUAAAAUAUGAAUAAAGAUCUUUUAUUUUGUAAAUGUAAAUUAAUUAUGAUAAAAUUAAUUAGAAGUACCGAUUGUAUACGGAGGGGUAAUAUUUUACAGCAAACUAAUUUAAUUAUGCUGAUCUACCGUAAUCUUUGAAACGAUUCAAAAGUCGGUAAAAACAGCUCUAUACUCUCCCACAGUAAGAUGUCGUAUGCUCAUAGUAAAGCCAUGUGUAGAUGGCCCAACAAAUCAACUUCCGAUACGAGUCAUCAUCCAACCGGUCUGUUGUUUAAAACGGCAUACGAGCAAACAAGCGUUUUAUGGCGUACAGGCUCAUUUGCAUUAGUCGAUAGGAAACUCAUUCGAUCGUUGUCAAUUUUCAUUGGUCGAUUGAGAAUACCAUGGACGUAGAGAAUACAUUCAGUGUGCGAGUGUUUUCUAAAAUGCCGGUUAUUACUAUUAAUUAGUUAGUUCAGGGCAUUACGGCGUCUGGGGAGCAUUCCUGGAUGCUGCCUAUCGACCAAUGAAAAUAAGCCUUUUGAUGUUGGAAGUUAGUAUUUCUACGGACGGAAGAAUUCAGAUUGAACUGGUGCACCAAACAAUGAGUUUUUGCAAAAACUACGAUCGGCAUCAUUAAGUUAAGUCGCUUGCAAGUGCUUGUCUGUUUAUCGAGCUCUUCUUAGUACCAGUUAAUGUUUAUGUGACUUUGUAGCUUCCAGUAACGGUCUUAAAUAUACACAAUUUUGUGUUUUUUACCGAGAGACAUUGCAAUAUAGGUUAGGGUUUUAUUUUUCUGUAGUUACCAUCAGUUUUCAGCUAGCCUAAUUUUAAUUGUAUUUUUUAAUUAUUUCUUGUGUAUCCAUUGGUCUGAUGGCGCUUGUGUUCUGAGCCCAAUUACCUAAAUUAAAAAAAAACAUUAUUCUCGAUCAUCGUCAUCGGUCACUGAUUAGCAUAUGGCCUUAAUUCAUUAUGUAGGUACUCGAAAAUUAAUAUUAAAACCUAUUUUAUUGUUCUUUAUAAAAAAAAUUUUAAUGCAUGUUAAAUAAAAAAAAGCAUGCAAUAAAGUGUUAUGAACACCCCAAAUGAAAAAAAAAAUGUAACGCAAGCGCCUUAUUUUAUUUUAUUCGUUGUUUUGAAAUAUUUCGCGAUUAGAAACAACAAAUUCGAUAUUGCUAGUAUUUGUAGUGAAAUAUGUAUGUUCAAUAAACGAUUGACUAGUCACAGAUGUUAGAGCCAAAACACUGAUCAAAAUUUUAAAUUUGUAAUGGUUGUUUUAAAUUCUGAAGAUCAUCCAAAAAGAAAUUUUAGAAUUUUAUGGUAUUUAUCCUUGAAUAAGGCUUAACUCAUACGUAUCAUGAUUUAACAUAACGAUUUUCUGUCAUUACACUGUACAUAUUAAUCUCAAAAAAAAACAACAACAACUGAAGUCAUAAAUAAAAACGUUAAAUGUUACAGGUCCUAGGGGUCAGCCUUGUAGUACACCGUUACUAUUAUAGAGGUGUUUUUGUGUGUUGAUGUACUAUCAGUAGAUGAAGCAACAGGGCCAAGACUGUCGCGAGAUAAGUUGGCUUGUCUGUAGAAGACUCUAAAAAAAGACCUCCGUAAAAAAAUGUUGAAUGGGGACCAUAUGAGAUUGUGCUUCUAACAAAAAUUAUUUAUUUGAACCAGAAUUUAAGUUUUCAGGAAAACUUUAGAAUUGUCAAAAUUACGAUAGCACGAUAUGUGACAGAUUUACAUAAACUUCAGAGUCGCUUUUUAGGAUUUUACACCCGAAGAGUGCCAAUGGAACUCAUUAGGCUUCCAUUGUCACCCGCUGUCUGUCUCAUAAACCACAAUAGGUAGAGAGUCGAAAUUUUCACAGAAUAUAUAUUUCUAAUGCUCCUACAACAAUAAAUAAUAAUUAACCAAGAUGGCCAAUCCCAAACAUACCGCCAUACAAAUUAAAAAAAAUUAAAGUACAUAGUGUACUGUACAUAGGAGUCCGACUCGCAAUGACCGGUUUUUCCUUGUUUAACUUGAAAACUCGAGGCUACAUUGAUAUUCUUUAUCUAAUGUGGUUUAUUUUUCACGCACGUGUGAACUAAUCCUUAUUCUAGGUAAACAGAUUCCAUUUGAUUUUGGCAUUGUUUUCCAAUUAGAUAGCAUGCGUCAAAUCCACGUAAGGGAUGACGUUAAUGCAAACGGACCGUCACGAUUUUAUUUAUCGACUGUACGGUGAGAACAAACCUAUUGUUAAUUGCUUUUGUUUCGAUGGCUUUGUUAUAAAUCAUUAUUUCAAUAUCGAACUUGUUGUUUCUAUCGUGAUAAUUACCGGUACGUAUUCCAUUCGUGUUAGGCUCAAUAUCUUUCAUACUUUUUGGAAAGUCAUUAGUUCUGUGUCGUUUGGAUGUUUGUCUCCAAACUAAACUACAUCGAUAAUUUUAAAAGUUUCUCUGUCCUUUUCCGCUUGAAACAUUAGGAAAACGAUGGAUGAAAAGGAUGGAAAUACUUUUGAACAUGUCAAGCUAAGAAGCUUAUAUUAAAUAAUCUAUUUUUCCUUAAUGGCCUGUAAAGACGAUGGACUUUUGUCCACGAGGGACAAAAACUGAUUCACUUAAGAAUUGCAUCGUGUAACGCACACGAUGAACUAGUAUUACGCCAAAAAAUGUAGUAAACGACAACGAACUUUUGUCCUCCGUGGACAAAUAGUUCUGGGCAGGUCCUAAAGGAAAUAAAAGGCUAACUAAUCGCAGAUUAUCGUAGUAAACGCGCUCUGUCUUAGAUCUAAUCACUUUUUUCUAUCAGCCAAGAUUUUCAUCUUACCUUUGGAUUUAUUGCGCAUACACUUUCAAAAUUGCAGACGAUUAAGUAUAUUGAAACAGUGAAUGCAAUUCGAAUUGUUUAAUUUCAUUGGCACAAUCGAAGCUAUUAUUGCGAGUGCAUUUUGCAAUUAUAUCUCUGGUCUCUACCUAUUUGAUAUUGAGCCUGAUAUGAAUAUUGUAGGGUCAGCAACAAAAACAUUUGUACUUAAAAACUCUAUUAAAUUAAGACCGCUUUGCUCCUUCCGCGUCAUUCCAUUCUGCGUUCAAUUAGGAAAUUAUCAUUUACAUUAAUUUUUAAUUAAAACUUCUGUAAUAUGGCAAUCAAGAGAAGUCGGCGAAGUUUCUGUAGACUUGCGCCAAAGGCCUGAUUCUCUGUGGUAUUAAAAUCGUGUUUAUUCAUAAACGCAGUUUGUUGCAAAUGAGGCACUUGUUUUCUUAAACGGUUUUAGGACUCUGGGUCUCUGGGUUCUAGCCUUUCGAGCCUGGGUUCUAGCCUUUCGAGCCUGACACUUUUUGCAUAAAAAGCUUUCAACUUUUGUUGGCGACAUAGCAAAAAGAAAUAAAAUAUAAGUUACAAUUUGAAUGCUACAAGAAAUCGGUUUCCCUGGUGUCAAAACUUAAAAAUUGAGGUUUUAAGGUUGUUUUUACUUUAAGGAUUUGGUUUUUGUUGCUCUCCGUACAAAAGUGCCAAGAACAACGCAUGUCGUGCUCCUCGCUCAUAUGUUAAAAGCGAAUUCGCGACAAAAUGACUCUCUAGUUAAGGGGACGCUAGUACAUAAUGCCUUAAGUUGUAUGUCAUAAGCUUAUUAAAUAGUUUUUAUUCAAAUAUAUUUACUUCUAUACAAGGUUGAAAUGAUAAGAAUCUUCAUACAAUUGUUAUUUUCGUUAAACACAUGUUUAAAAACCUGGUGCUGGUAUUGAAACGACGUCGCCUGAUGAACAAAAUAACUUGAAAAAUACUUAUGCGUAGUUAGCACUUGUUGCAAAGUUUCAUAUUUUUACUGUUGAUUGCUAUUAAUAAUUCUAAAAUUAAUUUCAAAAGAUGUAUUGCUUACUUAACUUAAUCAACGUAUAAUCUCCCAUAUUUCUUAUUGUAUUGUUCUAAAAUAAAAGUGAUUUACUUAAAUACUGAAUUGAGUGCCAAGUAAAAUAGAAGCAGUUAAAUUACGAAUAAAAUUUCGAACAAGACAUUGAAUUUGAGAAAUUUCGAGAUAACUUUUAUAUAUUUUUAAUUAUUAACGUCAUUUUAUUCACCAGGUGACUUAAUUGUAACGUGAUUAAUAAUAAUAUCAGGUUUUUUGAUAUAUGUCGUUUAAUAUGAAAAUGCCUGUGAAAACUUAUCGUUUCCACUCUGUAUGCUUACAUUUAUAGUUAUUUUCUCUCUUCCGAGUUGCCUGUUUCGUGUAACGAUUAGGGCUUUGGAUAAACAAAACGUGACGGUGAUUUGUAAUACGAGAAAUGUAUUAAACAGCACUGUCGUCUCGCGUCUUGUUUAUCCAUACCUCAACUAGCGGUAACGCAGUUGUUGGGCGACAUAAUGAAUAAUGAUUAUUUUAAUUUUAUUAUUAUAUUUGUGAAGAGUUUUAAGCUAUUGUAAAUUUUACAGAAAACUAAAUAAAAAAAUGUUGUGAAAAUAAAUUAUAAAAAAGUGAUAAACAGUGAA